AUGGUCCUUCUCAAGGUCAGCAAGGUGCUCCUGCGAAAUGGUGAGCACACUCUGGAGAUCUACGCCAUACUGGACGAUGGCUCAGAGAGAAUGAUUCUUCUACAGGAUGCCGCCCAGAGGCUGAAGCUCCAGGGCAAGCCAGAGAGUCUCGCCUUGCGAACAGUGCGACAAGACCUGAGAACGCUAAAGGGCUCAUUAGUGACCUUCACCAUUUCAUCUGCUAACCAGCCUAAGAAGGUGUUCACCAUAGAGGGGGCUUUCACUGCAGCCCAGCUAAGCCUAGCCAAACACACGUAUCCAGUGGAGGCUUGGUUGGACAAGGCUUGGUUGGACACUGCAAGGGCCGGUGACCUCUUCAGACAAGUAGAGAAACUCUGGCAGCUGGACAUCCUACCGUACAGGAGCGAGAAGCUGGUGACUAGGUCACGGAGGUACCAAGAGGCCAUGACAACCUGUUCACCAUGCUGUGCCAUCUACGCCCUCCAGAGGCAUGUGCUUGACUACAGUCACCAGGGAGAGGAUCUGCGUGACUCCAUUGAGAAGCAUAGGUGGAUAAUCAAAGACAAAAGAAAGCACAGCCAAAACUACAAGCAGAUCUCGAUGCUGGAGGAUGACCUGCUCCAGACACAGGGGAUCAAACUGCAGCUGCACAAAUAUGUCAGAAAAUUGGAACAGGCUGAUGACGGCCUGGAGAGGACCGAGAGGGCGACCAUCAUGUCACUGGAGGACUUUGAGCAGAAACUGAAUCAAGAAAUCGAGUGGGACGCCUUCCUGGAGAGUGAGCUGGAUGAAGAAUCUCUCCUCAUUUCUGUACAGAGAUUAAAGGAUGAGGCUAGAAAUUUGCGACAGGAGCUGGCUGUACUUGAGAGACGGCCAGAGGCCUCGAAGGUGUCGGCUCCCAGUUCUCCCAGUCCAGACAGUGAGCAGACUGACUCUGCAGUACAGGCUUCUCUGUCCAGCACAAAUGCUCCCCUCAGCAAAAAUCUUAAUAAUGCCCUUACAAACACACAAGCUCAGGCCAGUGGCUCUGCCUCCACCCUUACCUCAUCUGCUAGAAUAUCAGCCCUCAACAUUGUCACAGAUCUGUUGCGCGAAGUUGGGGCUUUGGAGUCCAAGCUUGCAGCCUGCAGAAACUUUGCCAAGGAUCAAGCAGCUAGAAAGAGGUACGUGACCAAUGGUGAUGGGAAUUUGGUCAAUGGGGAGGCCUCAGAGUUCCUCUCUGCUCUACACAACAAAGUGUGA